GAUCUUCACUGCAGAUCUUUUGAUGAGGCAAUCACCCUACAAACACUCAUUUUGUGUCUCAGGAUGUCCAAAAAGGCUAAGUAGGCGGCUCUUGAGUGAUUUAGACGCAGCCUCUGACUGAACGAUGAUUGGUUCAAACUUUGGAUACUCUCGAAACUUUUGUCAAGUUAUUGUUAGUCAUGUAAGUUAAGCAACGAAGAGCGAGCCCACAGGUUAAUGGUUCGUUCUCACGUUUCCAUGUGGAAUAUAGAUAUAGUUAUUUUACGCGGAAUGAUUUCAGCUCAUUAUAAAGGUAAAGUGUCCUCCGAUGAAGAUGAUGAUGAUCACGGUUCACGGUCAUCUCCGCCGGAGCCUUCGGUUCGGACGCAGAGACUCCCGUUCAGCGUCGAAGCCCUUAUGUCGAAGAAAGGAAGGAGUGAAUCAACUUCACAGGAACUGAUUCAGAUGCCAUGCAUGAUAAAUAAGGAUGAUCGAUCCGUGAUAUAUUCAGUGGAUUCGACCAAACGUUGUGAAUCUGUGAAAGAGGACUUUUCCUGGAUCAAUAAACCCAGAUUAUCAACAUCACCACGACCCCCGAGUCCCGCAACAUGCACUCUCAGGAAGCACAAGACGAACCGUAAACCCCGAACACCCUUCACCACGACUCAGCUCUUGGCCCUCGAGCGGAAGUUCCGUCAGAAGCAAUAUCUGUCUAUCGCAGAACGCGCUGAAUUUUCCAGCUCUCUCAGCCUGACGGAGACACAAGUGAAGAUCUGGUUCCAGAACCGAAGAGCGAAGGCCAAGCGACUGCAGGAGGCAGAGCUGGAGAGGCUCAAAAUGACCAGCAAACCCAUCUUGCAUCCUGGCCUCGCUCUACCGUUUCCACUCUGUACGCAACCCCAGACAGCAGCUCUAUUGUGUGGACAGUCUUUCCCUUUCAGCAGACAUAUGCUGCCCUUUGCACCUGUAGGAAUAUACUCCAUGCCGGUGGGUUACAGUAUGUGUCCUUUGUCCAAAGACGGCUACUCUGUGGAGCCAGUCUAGAGGAUCUAUUUGCAUCAAUAUUAUUCACGGAAACACUUCUGGUUUAUCUUCUGGACUGACAUUUGACUCAUCAACAUGGGUUGUUAUAAGAUUUUAUAUAUGCACAGGAUUACUUUUUAUGCUAAUUUCUAUUUUUAAUUUUUGUGACAUUAAUUUACUUUGGAAAACACAAAGAACAAAUGAAACGUAGACUUGCAGGUUUAAAGUCCCCCUGUGGUGAAAAUCAUGUUUUUAAUGUUGUUUUCAUGUCUAUAUGGUGUUUUUAAUAUAUUUUAAGACAAACCAUGUGCAGAUUCAUACUGUAAGUCAACACCAUUGCUGAAUAUUUUCUAUUUAAAACCAACCCAAUCUCACAUCAAUUUGUACGUAUUUUACGAGGUGGCUAAUUUGUACCCCUAAUGUCCUACCCCUAACCCCGCCCCUAAACCUACCCGUCACUGGGGUUUAGACAAAUCGUAUACGUACGAGUGAGGUCGUACAAAUUAGCCACCUCGUAAAAUACGUAGGAAUUGGUUUUGAGAUAGCAUUGGUAAAACUGCAGUGAAGACAGUUUCUUAGUGUUUCUGAUGUCACAAACUACCUUGUAACCAAUCACGUCAACGUGGGGGCGGGGUUUAGCAUAUCAUUAACCUACCGCACAAGGGAGUCUUAAGAGAAGCCAUGGUUGUCCCAGUAUAUUUUUCUGUUGAUAUGAAAAAUUGGGUUGAUUUAUCAAUAUAGCAGCUAUGAUGAACUAUAUGCCUUUCUCCACUGACAAGUUGUUCAAAGCGUUUAUAAGGAUAUUGAUUUUUAGAAGGCAACUGUCUGACUCUGAGAUGAUGAACAGGAACAUGGAUUGUGUGACAUUAUCAACACAUUAUUAGCUGUUUGAUAAUGUAGUCAAGCAAAAGGCUAAUCAUAUUAGUGUCCGACACUGUAAAAAGCGAUACCAGUGUGCAGCGUUUACCAUCGACCAAGUGGAUCUCUGAGCUCG